AUGCCCUCUCCGCGCCCUUCCUCCCUCCCCUCACAAUCUGUCUUUCCUCCCCGCCUCCCGUUCCUCUCUCCCCUUCCAUCCUGUCGUUCCUCUCUACCCUCCCAUCCCGUCGUUCCUCCUCUCUACCCUCCCAUCCCGUCUUUCUUCGUCUCUCCCCUCCCAUCCCGUUGUUCCUCCUCUCUUCCCUCCUAUCCCAUCGUUCUUUCUCCCUCCCCUCCCAUCCCGUCGUUCCCCCUCUCUCCCCUUCUCUCCCGUCGGCCCCCUUGUCCCCAGUCCCUUCUCUUCGCCGUCGACCAAUCAACCUUCUCCCACCCAGCCGUCGCUCUUGCUCCUAUCCCGCCGUAUCCUCUCCCUCACUACCCACCUUCACCUCUCCUAUUCACCUCACAGUCACUCAGCCCCACCCCGCGAUCUCCUCUUCCUUACCUCCCCUCCGUCGCCUCUCCCUCCUCCCCGAUGUCGCCUCUCCCUCCUCCCCGCCGUCGCCUCUCCCUCCUCCCCGCCGUCGCCUCUCCCUCCUCCCCGCCGUCGCCUCUCCCUCCUCCCCGCCGUCGCCUCUCCCUCCUCCCCGCCGUCGCCUCUCCCUCCUCCCCGCCGUCGCCUCUCCCUCCUCCCCGCCGUCGCCUCUCCCUCCUCCCCGUCGUCGCCUCUCCCUCCUCCCCGCCGUCGCCUCUCCCUCCUCCCCGCCGUCGCCUCUCCCUCCUCCCCGCCGUCGCCUCUCCCUCCUCCCCGCCGUCGCCUCUCCCUCCUCCCCGCCGUCGCCUCUCCCUCCUCCCCGCCGUCGCCUCUCCCUCCUCCCCGCCGUCGCCGCUCCAUCCUCCCCGCCGUCGCCUCUCCUUCCUCCCCGCCGUCGCCUCUCCCUCCUCCCCGCCGUCGCCUCUCCCUCCUCCCCGCCGUCGCCUCUCCCUCCUCCCCGCCUUCGCCUCUCCCUCCUCCCCGCCGUCGCCUCUCCCUCCUCCCCGCCGUCGCCUCUCCCUCCUCCCCGCCGUCGCCUCUCCCUCCUCCCCGCCGUCGCCUCUCCCUCCUCCCCGCCGUCGCCUCUCCCUUCUCCCCGCCGUCGCCUCUCCCUCCUCCCCGCCGUCGCCUCUCCCCCCUCCCCGCCGUCGCCUCUCCCUCCUCCCCGCCGUCGCCUCUCCCUCCUCCCCGCCGUCGCCUCUCCCUCCUCCCCGCCGUCGCCUCUCCCUCCUCCCCGCCGUCGCCUCUCCCUCCUCCCCGCCGUCGCCUCUCCCUCCUCCCCGCCGUCGCCUCUCCCUCCUCCCCGCCGUCGCCUCUCCCUCCUCCCCGCCGUCGCCGCUCCUUCCUCCCCGCCGUCGCCGCUCCUUCCUCCCCGCCGUCGCCUCUCCCUCCUCCCCGCCGUCCCCUCUCCCUCCACGCGGUUGCCUCUCCCUCCUCCCCGCCGUCACCGCUCCCCCCUGA